GUAGCGAUGGAAAAUGUACGGAAACGUAAAGGUGAAGUUUUCCACAGCCCAGCUGGUGUUUUGAAGGAAAAUGUACCACAGAGGAGAGGGCAACACUUCCACUUUGACCUAUGGCUCUGUCUGACAGUGCAGAACUGGAUACUUGACUUUGGAAGACCUAUUGCUAUGAUCAUCUUUCCUCUGGAGUGGUUUCCCCUGAACAAGCCCAGUGCUGGAGAUUAUUUCCACAUGGCGUACAAUGUUCUCGCACCUUUCCUAAUGCUCAAGCUGAUCGAGCGCAGUCCACGGGCUGUGUCUCGCACAGCUGUUUACCUCUGCAUCAUCACGUUCGUCAUGGGGGCCAGCAUCCACCUGGUGGGGGACUCCGUCAACCACCGGCUCAUCCUGAGUGGCUACCAGCUGCACCUGUCAGUCAGAGAAAACCCCAUCAUCAAAGAUCUGAAACCAGCCUCACUGAUUGAUUCCUUCGAGCUGCUGUAUUAUUAUGAUGAACACCUGGGACACUCACUGUGGUAUAUUCCCUUCUUCAUCGUUCUGUUCAUCUACUUCAGUGGCUGCUUCUCAGACUCUGAUGAGCAGAAGAAACUUCCAGUUUCAGGUUGGCUGUUACUGGGACCCAGCGCACUCUACUACUGGUACUUGGUCACCGAGGGACAAAUCACCGAAGUCUUCCUCCUUACUUUCCUCGCCAUGGUUGCCAUGGUGAUGUUCCAACACCAUAAAGGUGUCGGCGUCGACAGCAACGGCCGCUUUCUUUUCUAUAGUUUCAGUGUGACAGUGCUGCUGGUGAUUCUGUGGGUGGCCUAUCUGUGGAACGACCCGGUUCUCCGCAACAAGUACCCGGGCCUCCUCUACGUUCCUGAACCCUGGUCCUACUACACCCUGCAUAUCAGGAAGAGCCACUGAAUGACAGGUUCACGCUCAAACGACAGAAGUUUGAGCUUUUUAAUGAACUCAUUGACUCAGUAUUUCAUUUCUUUAAGCACAACGCUCUUGAACAACAAGCAGAACUUUU